AACAAAAAAAACCCCACACAGUUAAUAAAACACACUGUAACAAAAUGAUAACCUUGAUGCAUUUCAGGGCCCGAAGUCUGACCCGAGGGAAACCCCACCCAUCAGGCCUCUUGAAAGUGAUGCAGAUGCUGUGUUGACGAGGCUGUGUGGGUGUGACAAGCUGCUACAGUCUCUGUCUGUAGAACUGGCCCAGCUACAAAUGGAUAAGGACAGUGUCCAUUGUGCAUUAGAGGUGUCCAGACUGCAGCUGGAGGAGUGGAAAAGCCAGGGACCCAUGGCCCAGGAAGAGGCACUGACCCAGAAGGCUUUGCUCCAGGAGGAGCUGGUCACCAUCCGGGCCAGAAUGUGUGACGUAUCACUGGAAAUGGAGAGAGUGUGGAGCCAAUAUGAGAGAAUGGAGAGUGAACUGUCGGUUAUCCGCUCACACCUUCAGCACAUCUGUAACUUUGGAGUGCCACAGGAGCAGUCUCAGGCCCAGAGAGAGCUGUGGAUGAUGGAGGACAUCCUGGCUGGACUGAAGGUCAACAGGGAUCACUUCCGCUUCCUGUUGGGACUGCAGAGGCACCACACGUUCCUGCCGGCGACUCCACAUCCUGGAUCCCCUGGCUCUCCCACAGAGAGGCUGCAGAGCGGCCUGCCAAUGGAUGUGGAGCAAGAACCACCAGCUCGUCCGCCGUUACCCCAGGAGCUACAGGAAAGCCACCAGAGAGGGGAUCAGGGCCACGGCUGGACGGAGUCACCGUAUGAGGGAAUCUACAGCCACGCUGUUGAUCCUGUGCAGAGAAGAGGAAACAGCGAGCCUGACCUCCUUAAUGUGAAAGCACAGAAAGACGCAUACGAAUCUCAGCCAGCUUCAAAGUGGAUGCCACCAGAUACAAUGAACCAGUCAACCAAGAAACAGAAGAUGAGUGAAGAAGAGCAGAUUGAGCGGAUGAAGAGGAAUCAGGAGAGGCUGAGUAAUAGGAAGAAACUCCCCAUAUCCGCUCCAGGAGCCCAAGCCCAGAGUCAAGGCUCAGAGAUGAGAGAGGAGGCCCCCUUCCCUCUGAGGGUGACACGAGUCGUCACAGCUGUACUCCCGUCCUCUCUCGUGGCCAGAAAGGUUUCUGUUGAGGAUCCUCCGCCUGAGCUCGACAACCCACUGCCGGAGCAGAUCCAGCCUGACAUGCAGCAGAGGUUGGCUGAGCAGAGUAAAAAAAUGUUGAACAAGCCACCCAGGCGUCUGUUGCUGGAGAGUCCUGAUCGAAACCGGCGCUCUGCAGAGAUGCACCAGGAUCAGCCUGUUCAAAAGGCAAACAGGAAGCAGCAGCAUCAGGGAGCACCAAGGUCCUCCAAGAAGGAGUCACGGUCAGAGGAGAGGAGAGCUGAGCCUGCCGAGGCCUCGAGGAAUCACGUUCGAGACCAGGCAAGUUUAGGAAAUGGAAGUGCAAGCUUGAACGUCAGGGAUGGGGAACGGCCCUCUGCCCUCCUGACCCCUGACAUGGACCCUGAACCCUGUCUGACCCCCGAGCAGCGGGAGGCCAAACUGCGACGUGUAGAACGAAUACGGGAGAGAGUCAUAAGAAGCGCAGUCAGAGAGAGUGCUACUACACACAAACAGCUGCCAAUCAAGGGGGAGGGCCAGGAGGUGCAUCAUGUGGCCCCUGACGCAGCUAAGAAACAAAGGAUGAGAUCAGACCAUGAAUCUUACCAUGUCUAUGGAAGCUGUGGGGAUGCCAUCCGAGGUCCGGCAGAACAUCAGCUUUCUAGUGGAACAUCUCAGGAUGAAGAUGAAAGAGAAGGACACAUGAGAAAAUCUCAGAGUCAAGACAAGUUUGGGAACAAAACACAGCACGUCGUUCACAGUGAAAGAACCGGGGUUGCCAAAACCAAGAUCAAACGUCCAGCAUCACCCUAUCAUAUCUCAUCCAUGACAGUCUUCCAGAGAGAUGGAGGCAAGGGAUUUACAAGUUGCAAGGAGGGAGAGGCGCAAAAGCUUGAAGAACCUGCCGCUGAUGACAGUGAAAGUGAUGUUUCAUCCUCCGAUCUGAGAGCUAAGUGGUUCCUUUCCACCAACCAGUGGCAAGGGUUCAUACCUUUGCAGAUCCCCGGCAUUGACUCGCUGUGCAGUGAGGAGAUAUCAGACACCGAGGACCAUCCUGCAUGCGCCGAUGAAACAACUGAUUCCAAUGAAAUGUCAUCAGCCGUCAGUGAAAGCUUAGAGAAAAUGAAAGAGAACCAUUCACUCUUCUAUAAGAUCGCAUGUGACAUUAGCAUUUCAGAUACAGAUAUAACAAAGAAUGAUGGGAACUCAAAUGCCCAAACAUCAUCCAGGACAGAAGAAGAACUGCCGAUCGCUCAGUCUGUGCCAGAUGAAGUGACUCUUAAUGAGAAGCAAGAGAGCAAAGAUACCAGCUUACAUUUGCUGUCAGAUGUUAAUGAAAACAGUCUCUCAAUUAAUGAAAAUCUCCAAGAUUCAGCACUGGAAACACGAGACAGAGCAGCGUUAAAUACCUCAGCCAGUCCAGCAAAAGAGGCUUGUGUCUAUGAAGAGAUCCCUCUAAAGGAAGGUGAAGAAGGUGGGUCAGAGAGAGUUAGAGAAACUACCCAUGGAGCUCCUGUUCAGAACUCUGGUUCUGCUCAGGCCCCGGAUGAAAAUGCAAGAGAGGAACACAGUGGGGCGAAAAGGACAGACGACACGAAGGUGGACCACGAAAGAUCUGAGGGGCCGAAGAAAUGCCGCAGUUUUAGCGAGGAGAGCAAAUUGACAGUCCAAGAGCGGGGCAACAACCACUCCAUCACUUCAUCCGGCCCCGUGUUUGAGGGCGGAGGCGUGAUCCGGAGUGCCUCUUUUGGGAAGGCGCGGGUUACAGUACUUAGGACAAGUUUGUAGAGGCAAGAAGAGUGGCGGCGUAAGGAGCUUAAACGAACGAACUUGAGAAGGACAAGAACACAGCCAAGUGAUUCAUGGUAAAGGAAAAUGCAGAGGAGGAGGACUCGAAGUGACUGAAGGAUUUUGAACAGAACUUUGGAUUCAAAAUGGUAAAACGGGAACAUAUAAUGAGAGAAAUAAUCAGAGCGUUUUGUAAACUUGAACAUUUCCAUUAUUCAUAAUAUGUGGUUUGAAAUGGUUGCAGAUAAAACAAAGUCUUAAGAAGAUUUCAUGAAAGCAAAGACUGUGUAUGCAAAUAUGGUGCUGUUCUUGAUGGCAAACACCAAACACCUUAUGCGUGGUUGCAGUGGAAUACGUUUGAGGUUAACACUUUCAUUCCUCUCACAAUAUGCAUCUAACAUAACG